AUGAGGCCACCUUCGGAGCAAAUGACUUUGCCAGACAGCUCAUCGUUUCCACCUCCAGCAACCAAGAUCCCAGAACGACACCGCCCUCCACCAUUGCAGCAGGUGCCGCAGCAGCCUCUUCCUGGCUUCAAGGUCCACCAUGCCGAUAGCCCGCAGGAGGUGUCAAUAGCGUGCGAGAAAAUGUUUGACGAGAAGCCGCUUGUUUCUAGCGGACGGGAUUUUUUGACCGGCAGCGGCGACGUCAAACCGCACGAUGACAAGCCCGUCAAGCGUAGGAUGCGCGGCAUUACAUCGUGUCUCGAGUGCCGGCGUCGAAAGAUGAAGUGCGGUCGAACCCAGCCCUGCGACCACUGCCACAAGUCCGGCCGCGUCUGCAUCUAUCUUGGCGACCGCCUGGAUCCCGACAGCCAGGGAAAGAUCACGGAGAUCAAGGAAAAAGUCAGCUCACUCGAACUUCAGUUGCAAAAAUCAGUGGUCCACCAGCGCAUCGGCGGCGGCCUUUUAGGAUCCGAUGUGCCGGCGUAUUCAUUGGACCCAGCCGAAACUGGGCUUGAGAUCAGCCACAUGGUCACCUCGGACUUGAUCUAUGACCACGGCGACGAAAACAGCAUGGACGAAGACGACGACGAAGACGAGGCAACCAACGACAUGAUCGACCUCGGGUUCAAGGUCGGUCGCAUGCGCAUGACCGAGCGCAUUGGUGGUCUGAAUCGCCCACGCCUAGCUGAAGAGAUCAACGUGGCUCUUGCGAGCAAACCAGGGACUUUUGGCUUCAACCUCAACCGGGUCGGCUCUCAGAGGCAUACGUCAAGUGUGUCGCAGCCAAAAGCAUCCACGCAAGACGGCUUCAAUGGCGACUAUGGAGACGAGGGCAACAACAUGAGCGAUUCACCGCCAAUUCCAGACUUCUUACGGCCUUCGAACGAUUACAUCCCGCCAUCUAGCGGUGCUCUCUUUGGCCAUCUCACAGCCGUACCCGCGGUGCAGAACCUGCUGCCGUCGUCAUGGAUCUGUGACUUCUUGAAGAACACAUAUUUUACGAAUGUGCAUCCCAUUGCAUCGUGCCUGCAUCAGCCCACUUUCGAGCAGCAGUUUAGCGAAUUUCUGCUACUUGUGGGCCGCGGACGCCAGCCUCGCCGACCACGUCAGGCUCUGGUCCUCGCCGUACUCUUUUCCGGUGUGGUUGCCGCUGAUGAACAGGCAAUCGCCGUCCAGUUCAACGUCAGAAAAAUAGAUCUAGUCGGCAUCGUCAAGUAUGGCGUCGAAGCCUCGCUGGGCAUGGCCAACCUCCUUCGCACCACCAGUGUCGAGGCGAUGCAAGCCUUUGUUAUUUACCUUGUUGCACUUUGCCGCGACGAGGUCUCGCGGUCGCACUCGAUCAUGGUUGGAGCCGCCAUUCGAAUGGCUGAGUGUAUGGCCCUACACCGUGACGGCAGCGCUUUUGGCCUGACGCCCCUGGAAACGCAUGUUCGCCGUCUGAUUUGGCACCAGCUUUGCUUUUUGGAUAUUCGCACCUGCGAGGCUCAGGGUCCACGGCCGACAAUCCAUCGCGAGGAUUACGACACAUUCUUGCCUUACAAUUGCGAUGACGACGACUUGACUCUCGAAGCAGACAUGGUGCCGUUCACUUCAAAGCAGAGCUGGGCGUCGUCGUUCCUUGCUGUGUUGCGGUUUGAGGUCAACGAGAUGAUGCGCAUCAUUUGGAUCGAUCGUUUUAAGCUCGAGCGGCGCAAAUCAAACCUCACGAUCGUGAUGGCCAAAAUUGACAAAUUCUGCCACCGUCUCAACCAAAAGUACGAAGGUUACCUCGACGACGCCACCCCUAUUAAGCGCUACACAAAGCUGGUCAAAGAGCUCUUCAUUUGUCGCAUGCAUGUCAUGGUCCUCCACCCAUACCACUCCAAUACAAGCAACCCCCUCUCCGAGCGCCUUCACUCGUCUCUGAUUCAGAGCGGUAUUCGCAUCAUCGAAAUUGGUAUUGAGCUGGAAACUAAUCCGGAGUACGCCCAGUGGCGCUGGUAUCUUGGUGCCUUUAUGCAGUACCAGAUUGCCCUGCUACUCACCACCGAAGCAUUCCAUGGCCAGUCGGUCAGCGAAUCCGACCGCAUUAGCAGAUGUCUUGACUAUGUUUUUGACACGGAUCCCUCACAGGGGCUCCAUGAAAAGGCUCAGGGCAUUCUUUAUGAAGUCAUGCAAAAGAGUGCUACCUACUGCGAGUUUCGCAAAUUACGUGCGCCGACAUCUACAAAGCAAGCAGUUCCUCAGGCUCAGCUGGCUCAGCAUACCACCAAAGUGGCGAAUGGAGGGAUGUCGAUGCCAGGUAUUCCACCACACCGUAUGGCUACGGAGCCGAACCGGAAUAUGCCAGAUAUCGGGAUGGUCAAAAAUGAGAUCUUCUCGCCUGGUAUUACCAAUCUGUUGCAGUUCUCCACGAGUGGAACGUCCAGCAUGAUUACGGGAACAAUACCUUCAAUGCCAUUCCAACUACCCACACAACAGUACCAAUCACUGGGUAAUGGUAAUCCGUACCAUCAGCACAAUAACCACCACAACCAGCUGCAACCACAACCACAACCACAACAACGGCCGCAGUCGCAGCUGCAGUUGCAGCAUAAACAACACCAAAAGCAGCAGCAAAGAUACCAGACAGCUACAAAUGACCAGGAGUCCAUUCCGCGGACACUGGCACCACCGGACACUGUGGGCCGUAUUGCCACCGAGCAGACAUCCGAGCUCAACCUACCGGGGCAACCUAUGGCACCAACUGCCCCAUAUGCUCCAAGCAGUAACAACAUGGUUUUUUCCGGUGUAGCCAACGGCGAGGCGCUGUGGGGUCACCCACAAGUGGUUAAUGCCGACAGCCCCGAGGCUUUUGGCGGCGAGUGGUCCGCAACAAAUGCGAUGCAACAGCAACAGACACAGCCUCUUCAGCAGCAGCCAUCAUCUUCUCAACAACAGCAGCCGCAGCACAUAAAUCUGGGACGCCACCAGUAUCCCUACACGACGACUGCUGGUCUUGGCCGGUUCCAAGAGCAGGAGGGAAACUUGCUGGACAGCAUCAGCUGGGUAGGUAAUUCUGCCAAGGCAGCUUCUUUGAAGCUAUGA